AUGCCCCUCAUCACUAUCAUCACGAUCUUAAUAAUCUCUACGACCCUAAUCUACCUCCUCUCACUUCUCCACUCAGUCUUAUGGCGCCCGUACAGGACCCAGCGCCACUUCCAGAAACAGGGGAUUUCCGGCCCCGGCUACCGCCCGAUCACCGGGAACUCAUCCGAGUUUCGUCAGAAGAUGGCGGAAGCCAGGUCCAGGAAUCUUCCCACGCCGUCCGACAACAACGGCCGUCAUCAGGUCCUCCAGAGCCUAGUUCCGGCUUACUGCGACUGGUCUAGAAUCCACGGCAGGACAUUCCUGUACUGGUUUGGAUUGACCCCGAGGUUGACUUUCUCGGAUCCGGCGGUGAUCAGAGAAGUUCUCUUGUGUAAAGAUGGAACCUUUGAGAGAUUGGAUUCCGACCCGUUGUCGAAACUGCUCCUGGGAGAUGGACUCUCUGAGCUUAAGGGCCCGAAAUGGGCUGUUCAUCGGAGGAUCGCUGCACUUGCCUUCAACAUGGAGCAAGUUAAGGGUUGGGUGCCGAAAAUGGUGGAAAGUACGCUGAAGAUGUUUCAGGAUUGGGAAGAGGGCAAAGCAGGGGAAGUUGAAUUCGAGAUGGAUGUUCACAAGGAACUCCAUACCCUUUCAGCGGAUAUAAUCUCCAGAACCAUUUUCGGAAGCAGCUUCGAAGAAGGGAAACGCAUCUUCGAGUUGCAAGAACAACAGACUUACCUCCACUUUGCUUCUGUUUUCAGCGUCUACAUCCCAGGAUUCAGGUUCUUGCCCACCAAGAAGAACAGGAAGAGGUGGAGAGUGAACGAGGGAAUCCGAGGUUCGAUCAGGAAGCUGAUCGAGGCCGAGAACGCGAAAUCAGAGAAAUCCAGGAACCUGCUGAGCUUGUUGAUGUCUCCAAACAGGAACCCGGAUGGUACAGAGGACAAAUUGGAGGUGGAAGAAAUCGUAGAAGAAUGCAAGACCUUCUAUUUCGCAGGGAAAGAAACAAGCGCCAAUACCCUGACUUGGGCGAUUGUGUUGCUCGCAAUUAAUCAAGAUUGGCAAACCAAAGCUCGUCAGGAAGUUCUUCAGGUGUUGGAUGACAGGACCAACAACAUUCUCCUCUCUGCAGAAAGCCUUGGGGAACUCAAACUAAUAAGCAUGAUCUUGAACGAGACCCUUCGGUUGUACGCUCCAAUCAGUGUAAUUCAGAGGCGAACUUGCAGAGAUGCCGAGGUGGGAGGCUUCCAAGUUCCGACCAAUACUCAGGUCUCAUUGUACGUGAUUGCGGCGCAUCACGAUCCUGAGAUUUGGGGAGAAGAUGCUGACAGGUUUAAUCCUGAGAGAUUCAGCCAGCCGCGAAAGCAUUUGGCAGCCUUCUUGCCUUGGGGGCUGGGGCCGAGAAUUUGUGCUGGCCAGAGUUUCGCCAUGGUUGAGAUGAAAGUAGCUCUCGCUAUGAUUCUGAGGCGAUAUCGUUUUGAGCUGUCGAGUUCUUAUGUUCAUUCUCCGGUGCAGUUUAUGACGGUGCAUCCGCAAUAUGGUGCUCAGGUUAUCUUUACUAAGAUCGGAUAUUGA